AUGUUUUUAGCAGCUAAUCGAAUAAUAAAAGCCAAUGAUCCAAUAUAUAAUGAAUCGAAAAAAUUUUCAAAAAAUCGAAUUUCAACAACAAAAUAUAAUAUAAUAACAUUUUUACCAAAAAAUCUUUUUGAACAAUUUACUCGACUUGCCAAUGCUUUCUUUUUAUUUUUACUUAUUUUAUUAUUUAUACCACAAAUUAGUUCACUUCAACCAAUCACUACUUUAUUAUCAUUAAUAUUUGUACUUGCAAUUACAGCAAUCAAAGAUGGUGUUGAUGAUUUUGCAAGAUAUCGAAGUGAUAGACAAGUUAAUAAUCGACAUUGUAAUAUUUUAAUUAAUAAAGAACUUCUUAGAAAAUAUUGGAGAGAAAUUAAAGUUGGUGAUAUAAUACGAAUUAAUAAUAAUGAUUUUACACCUGCUGAUAUGAUAUUAAUUUCAACAAGUGAACCUAAUGGAUUAUGUUUAAUUGAAACAGCUGAUUUAGAUGGUGAAACAAAUUUAAAACCUCGAGAAGCACUUGAAGUAACAGUUAAUAUUCAAGAUGAUUUAGAAAAAUUAUCAAAAUUUGAUGCUGAAAUUGAAUGUGAACCACCAAAUAAUAACUUUCUUCGAUUUGAAGGUACUUUAAAAUGGAAUAGACAAAUAUAUUCAUUAAAAAAUGAUAAUUUUUUAUUGCGUGGAACACGAUUAAGAAAUACAGAAUGGGCUUUUGGAAUUGUAUGUUAUGCUGGUCCAGAUACAAAAUUAAUGCAAAACAGUAAUACACCAAAAUUCAAACGAACGAAAAUUGAUAAUUGGCUAAAUAAAAUAAUCUUAGGAAUUUUUGUUUUUCUAUUUCUCAUGUGUUCUAUAAUGGCGAUUGGUUGUGGAUUUUGGGAAUAUAAUGUUGGUUCUAAAUUUCGCAUGUAUUUAUCUUGGGAAUCUUAUAUUUCAUCUAAUUCACGUACUGGUGCUAUUCAAAUGGGUUUACUUGUCUUUUUUUCCUAUGUUAUUUUAUUAAAUACUGUUGUACCAAUAUCACUUUAUAUUAGUAUAGAAUUUAUUCGUCUUUUUCAAUCGAAAUGGAUCGAUUGGGAUAAUAGUAUGUAUUAUGAACCAGAUAAUACACAAGCUCAAGCACGUACAGCAUCACUUAAUGAAGAAUUAGGUCAAAUUGAAUAUAUUUUUUCGGAUAAAACAGGAACAUUAACUCAGAAUAUAAUGACAUUCAAGAAAUGUUCUAUUCGAGGUAAAUUAUAUGGAGAUAUACCGAAUGAGAAUGACGACAAUAACCGAAUUGCUAAUGAAUUACAAGCAAUUAAAUUUAUAGAACAAGAUAAUAAUUUUGUUUGGUAUGAUAAAACAUUAAUCGAUACUAUUGAUAAAAACGAAGAUAAUGAUGUUAAUCAUUUUUUUACACAUUUGGCAUUAUGUCAUACAGUUGUGACUGAAGAACAGGAUGAUAAAAUUAUUUAUCAAGCUCAAUCACCUGAUGAAAAUGCGUUAGUAACAGCUGCACGUUCAUUUGGUUUUGCUUUUGUUAAUCGUACUCAAAGUAGUAUCACAGUACGUUUUCGAAAUAAAAUCGAGACCUUUGAUCUAUUAAAUAUUCUCGAUUUUAAUAAUUAUCGAAAGCGUAUGUCCGUUAUAGUGAGAAAACAUGGACAAAUUAUUUUAUAUUGUAAAGGUGCCGAUUCAGUGAUACAAGAAAGAUUAGAUCCAUCAGAAAAAAAUAUUAUGACAUUAACACAUGAUCAUUUACAUAAAGUUGCUAGUGAAGGUUUACGUACAUUAUGUUUAGCAUGGAAAGAAUUGAAUGCAAAUGAUUAUGAAAAAUGGGCAAAAAAAUUAAAAAGAGCUACUACGAGUAUGCAAAGACGUGAAGAACAGAUUGAUGAAUUAUAUGAAGAAAUAGAAAAGAAUAUGAAAUUACUUGGUAUGACUGCAAUAGAAGAUAAACUUCAAGAUGGUGUACCUCAAUGUAUUGAAAGAUUAACAGAAGCUGAAAUUAAAAUUUGGAUGUUAACUGGUGAUAAAAUUGAAACUGCAGAAAAUAUUGGUUUUUCCUGUCGACUUUUAACAGAUAAUAUGAUAAUAAAAAGAAUUGAUGUUGAAACAGAAGAAGAUGUAAUGAAUGAAUUAAAUCGUUUUCGAAUUGAAUUAAUCGAAAAAAUUCAACAAUCAUUUAAUAUUCAUAUUGAUGAUCAAAAUAAAAGACUUAAUUGGAAAAAUUUAAGUAUUGAUGAACAUAAAUUUACUCAACAUACAAAUAAACAAAUAAAUUCAGAUGAUUUUCAAGGUUUUAGUUUAUUAAUAACAGGACAUGCAUUAAUUCAUGCAUUAUCAGAUAAAUUAAAAAUGAAAUUUCUUGAACUUGCUACAAUGUGUAAAGCAGUUAUAUGUUGUCGAGUAACACCUUUACAAAAAUCACAAGUAGUAGAAUUAAUUAUGAAACAUGAUAAAAUGAUUGUAUUAGCUAUUGGAGAUGGAGCUAAUGAUGUUUCUAUGAUACAAAAAGCACAUGUUGGUAUUGGAAUUAGUGGACAAGAAGGUCGACAAGCUGUUUUAGCAAGUGAUUAUAGUAUUGGUCAAUUUCGAUAUCUUGAACGAUUAUUACUUGUUCAUGGUCGAUGGUCUUAUAUACGUAUAUCAAAAUUUUUACGUUAUUUUUUCUAUAAAAAUUUUGCUUUUACAUUUUGUCAAUUUUGGUUUGCUUUGUAUUGUGGAUUUUCAGCUCAAACAAUAUUUGAUGCAUUCUUUGUUACUUGUUAUAAUAUUUUUUUUACAACUUGUCCUGUUGUAGUAUUAGGUUGUCUUGAACAAGAUAUAAGCGCAAAUCAUUCGAUUACUAAACCUCAUUUGUAUAUAGUUGGUCAAAAAGAUAAAUUAUUUAAUAGAAAAGUAUUCGUUGAAUGUGCUCUACAUGGUUUUAUAUCAUCGUGUAUAAUUUUCUUUUUUUCCUACUUAUGUAUAUUAUCAAGUACUGAAUCAUCUGGUGUAACACUAACCGAUUUUCAAACAUUUGGUUUUAUGGUAGCAACUAUAUUAGUUAUUGUUGUUAAUAUAGAAAAUGCUCUUGAAAUGUGGUAUUGGACAGGCAUUUAUAUUUUUAUUUUAUUAGGUACAAUUGCACUUCAUUUUCUUUUACAUUUUAUUAUGUAUUCGACAAUAUUACGUAUAACUUUUAAAAUAAAUUAUCCAUAUGUUGGUAUUUUUCAAGUAGCAUUAAAAAGUGGAACAUUUUGGUUUACACUUCUACUUAUAUGUGCCAUACUUCUUUUACCUGUUGUUGGACGAGAGUAA